AAAAUUUAGCAAAAUAUAGAACAAGAAAUGAAAAUAUUUAGUGCUAGCGUUGUUGAAACGAAACUUUUCUCAUGCGUGUGUUUAGGGAAUCAACAGUGCGUUCUCCAAUAGUCAAAUCCAAUAAAAAAAACUUUUAGCGCUUUCUCUUGUAUUUAACUUUUGGUUAUUUAGGAAUAAUUAAGCUUGUAUUUAAAUUGUUGAAUAAACAAAUUUCAGUUUUUGAAAUGACUAUCACAGUGAACAAGAUAAUCAAUUCUAGCCCUUUUAAUAAAUUCACAAAUCAGAAUAAACACAAGUCUCUUAUCUCACAAGCCAUUUGCUUAUUACUUCUUUUAAUUAUUCAAGAUUCAUCAAUUUAGUAUUACUAUCACUACAUUAAAUGUAUACAACGUAAGUUAGAAGAGUCCAAGAUGUCACAAAAAUCACAAUCGAUUUCUCUAAAUUUAAUGUGGUUGCGCAAUGAGUUGCCAAUUGCAUUUCGCCAAUGCAAAAAGAGAAACUUGUGCAAAAAAUAUGAUGUUACUCAAGCGUGCAAUCAAAAUUAAACCUGAUAAUCGAAUUUGUCAUCACCGGAAGAAUAGCCUAAUAUAGUGAAUAUACUUUUAUUUUUUACUUUUUUCAACCUUAUCUAAUUGGAUUAUUUAUUUAUUUAAAAUAAUGGUUCGUUAUAAGUUUUUCGUUAGCGUUGAGAUUGGAUUGGAUAGCGUGCGUGAAUAGAUAUUUUUUAAAUAUCAUUGCCCUCGUUUUAUUAUCGAAGAUUCUAUUCGGUCUAGUACAUUCUUGUUAAAGCUGGUUGUUAGGUUAUCCCAGUUUUGUUGAUGUAUAAGAUUACGUUACCACGAGAGAUGAUCAUCGUUACUGCGGACGUGGAUCAUCGUGACUGGCAGGUUCGUUACAGAAUGUCAUGUAUUGCCAGUGCCACCCCAGGCUUUUACCAAUCACCAAGACUUCAUUAUAAAACCUGUCCGAGAAACUGCUUCGACGCACAGCAGACGAAGGUGUUAUACAACCAGGAUUUACCCAAAAAAUUAUUAUUAUAAACAUUGCCCAGUGAUCGCGGCUCUGUAGUGUAUUUCAGUUAGCUUUCUCAAUCCCUUUGGAUUAUUCAACACAUUGUUUGGUGCUAACAUCAGUGUUUUUAAAGGUAUCUUACAAGAAUGGGUCUCUUAUCUGAAGGAAGUCCACUGAGUUGGCCUGAAACCAAAGAGCUAGCAGAUCAUGUUCGAAAACAUGGCAUUACUCAAUUUAUAAAUCUGUACAAUUUACUAAAGGAUAGACAAGGGGAUGUGCUGAAAUGGGGUGAUGAGAUUGAAUACAUGCUUGUAAAGUUUAAUCAUGAAACCAAAAAAGCUCAACUCAGUCUUCGUGGACAAGAUCUCCUGCCCGUUCUUCAAAUAACUGAAAAAGAAACCCCAGAGAAGGCUACCUCCUUGUGGAGGCCUGAGUUUGCUAGUUACAUGAUUGAAGGUACACCUGGCAAACCCUAUGGAGGGCUAUUAGCUCAUUUCAACAUUGUUGAGGCUAAUAUGAAAAAUCGACGCCAAGAGGUCUGUGCUCUGCUGGAAAAAGAUGAACAAAUCUUUUCCAUUACCGCAUUCCCUCGCUUGGGUUGCGAAGGAUUUUGCGUUCCCGAAGCCAAGCCUGACCCUGUGAACAGCGCUUCUCGUUCUUUAUUUUUCCCGGAUGAGGCUAUUUAUUUGGCCCAUCCACGAUUUCGUACACUAACUCGCAACAUCCGUGAACGAAGAGGAGAAAAAGUUGCUAUCAAUGUUCCAAUUUUCAAGGACGUUAACACUCCCAGUCCUUUUACGGAAGAUUUGACUGUAUUGGGAGAUGACGGUGAGAAGGGUAAAUCUGCUUUGCCAGACCAUAUAUACAUGGAUGCAAUGGGUUUUGGAAUGGGCCAGUGUUGUCUGCAGUUGACUUUUCAAGCCUGCAAUAUCAAAGAAGCUCGUACACUUUACGAUCAACUGACACCAAUGUGUCCAAUUAUGUUGGCUCUUACUGCCGCUUCGCCACUUCAGCGUGGCUAUAUCGCCGACACAGAUUGUCGCUGGAAUAUUAUUUCCAGUUCGGUGGACUGCCGCACGAGAGAGGAAAGGGGUCUAGAGCCGCUAAAGACAGACAGAUACCGUAUCUACAAAUCACGAUAUGAUUCAAUCGAUUCGUAUUUGUCUCCUGAAGGAGAAAGAUACAACGACAUACCCCUGGUCAUAGAUCAAGAGGCUUACAAGAGAAUGCGUGACGCUGGAAUCGAUCAUUUACUUGCUCAACACGUUGCCCAUCUCUUCAUUCGUGAUCCCGUUUCCCUCUUCAGUGAAAAAGUGAACCAAAAUGAUGAGGAAGAUUCGGAUCACUUUGAGAAUCUUCAAUCAACCAAUUGGCAAACCAUGCGGUUCAAGCCCCCGCCGCCAAAGAGCACCAUUGGUUGGCGCGUUGAAUUCCGACCCUGUGAAGCACAAAUAACCGACUUCGAGAAUGCUGCAUAUGUUUGCUUCAUUGUCCUGUUAACUCGCGUCAUUGUAACCUACGGGCUAAACUUCCUCAUUCCAAUUAGUAAAGUUGACGAAAACAUGAAAAGAGCCCAGAAGCGCGAUGCCAUUCUCAAUCAAAAAUUCUGGUUCCGCAAGGAUCUAGUGUCGCAGAGCUCGCCUACCGAUGCUGAAUCAACAGCCGACCAAGAACAAAUUUGCGUAGAGAUGACAAUUGGCGAAAUAAUCAAUGGAAAGGGCGAAGAGUUCCAAGGCCUAUUACCCCUCAUUAGCAGCUACCUCUCGACUGUUGAAGUAGAUGCCGAUACCCAUUGCACAAUACAUCAAUACUUGCGGCUUAUCCAAAAACGAGCAAGUGGUGAUUUGAUGACGACAGCUCAUUGGAUUCGUGAAUUCGUCACCAAGCACCCAGACUACAAGGGCGACUCCGUAGUAAGUGAAAGGAUCAACUAUGAUUUGCUGACUAAAAUGGAUAGUAUUCAAAAUGGGACUAUCGAGUGUCCGUCGUUGUUGGACCAUCCCCGCACCAAGACCCAAUCUUCAAUUCCGGAAACCAUUAGGAUGGCGGAAAACUGCCCGUCAACUUGUUAAAAUCAAGACUAUUCAUUUUGAGCCUUGAUUCUUGCCUAACUCAGCCAUACAGUCUUAUAAGUGCUAUUUAGAAGGAUCAAAACUAGCACCAUUUAAACCGAUCGCGAAGGAAUUUAUUGUUUUUGUUUGUUUAUGUGUAAGGGAAGCAUUAAUUUGGUUUUAGGACUCUAGAUCUAUACAGAAAAUCACUUUACGUCCGUUGCAAAGCAAAAGUUACUGUUAUUUUUUUCUGGGAUUAGGAAGAAACUGCUGUCAACAAUUUUUAAUGAAGAAUACAUUGAAAUUAUCAGCUGA